CCUUUCCCCAAGUUUGCUAACCCUUUGGCCAAUUUGCCUCUCCUUUUCCCCAGAGUUUGCUAACUCUGGCAUAUCCAUAACCAAAGCCAAAUUAGAAUGCUUCUUCGGUCCCAGGUGAUUAUACCUAAUCCUGGUCAAAAUCAAUCCUACAUCUUCACAAGUCCAAGAGUACUCACACUCUGGAUUCUUACCUAAGCUGUCUACUAUAAGCCCUUCUGCCCACAAACUGCUUCAAAGCUGAAGUUGAGCUGGAGCAGUGAAGUUGUACCCCCAAACUCAGGAGGGUGGCAAAGAAUUAUUGAGGAGAGCAUGAAAUACUUCCAUUCUAGAAUGGCAGAUGAACUUCUACCAACAGCCCCUUCCAUACUCUACCCCCCACCCCCCAGCUCCCAACUCCACUUCUCAACUGGAAGUGAGAACAAUUUGAAUUUAAAGGCUCUUCCCCGAUACACGGAAGUACAUAAGGAAACAGCUUGCAGGCAAAGAGACUAAUCUCUCUCUCUCUCUCUCUCACACACACACACACAUGCACACACACACACACACCUCUGCACAUAAAAGCACCAUCAAUGAAUAGUUUUCUAUCAACUGACUGUAGCUAUACAUGCAUGUACCUCUAAAUAAAACCAACCAGGCAGGAAAGAAACAAUAUUAGCACAUAUUGCUUUAUCCAAGCGUGACCUGUUCUGUUCUGUUACCCAGAUCCCUCCCCCUUGCCUUCUCCUCUCUGAUCCAUUGCCGCACACGUGGGAAGAUGACAACCCUUCCGAAUAAAAAUGAAAGCUUUCUUCUUUAGAUGGAACCCCCAGAUUCCCUCAUUAUUUAUGUCAGGCUGUCCUGGACAAGGGAAGCUGUGCACCCACUGACACCAGUAAGAAGGUGCCGUCAUGUCAGAAAUGUCCGCGGACACCUGCCUGGGCUCCGGGUCCUCCCCUGCGCUAGCCUGGAGUGGGACCUUCGCGUGCCCACUGGCCCUCCCACACGCCCCGCUGCGAUGGCCCCCGCGCCGGGUCCCCUAGCUCACACAGUCGGAGCGUGCGUAGCGCAUGGCCACCUCCUGCCAGGUCCCAGCCGGAUUCCACCCCCUCCUUUUCCCCUCCUCUUCUUCCUCCCCCUCCCAGUUCCCCUGGCUCUGACUGCGCUGGCCUGGGCCCGAGAGCCCAGGAGGCGUGUCUCGGAGAAAAGAUAUAAGCGGCCCCCGGACGCUAAAGCGGUGCCAGCGGCGGAGUCUCCAACUGGAAGAGCUGCAGCUGCCGAGAGGAGGAGAACGCUGAGGCCGGUCGGACCAACGGACGCGCUGACCGCCGCCAACUGCAGCUCGCGCUGCCUCCUGCUUGCGCCGUGCCACUAAGGUGACUCCCGCCUCCGAGAGCCCAGAGCCGAGAUGGAAACGGUCCAGGAGCUGAUCCCCCUGGCCAAGGAGAUGAUGGCCCAGAAGCGCAAGGGGAAGAUGGUGAAGCUGUACGUGCUGGGCAGCGUGCUGGCCCUCUUAGGCGUGGUGCUCGGCCUGAUGGAGACUGUGUGCAGCCCCUUCACGGCCGCCAGACGUCUGCGGGACCAGGAGGCAGCCGCGGCGGAGCUGCAGGCCGCCCUGGAGCGACAGGCUCUCCAGAAGCAAGCCCUGCAGGAGAAAGGCAAGCAGCAGGACACGGUCCUUGGCGGCCGGGCCCUGUCCAACCGGCAGCACGCCUCCUAGAAACUGUGGGAGACCAGCGGAGUGGGAGGGAGAGGCAGUAGACAGAGACAAACAGACCGAAAGAGGAAGGGAGAGACAGAGGGGGCGCGCGCACAGGAGCCUGACUCCGCUGGGAGAGUGCAGGAGCACGUGCUGUUUUUUAUCUGGACUUAAGAGAAACCGCUGACAUCUAGAACUGACCUACCACAAGCAUCCACCAAAAGGAGUUUGGGAUUGAGUUUUGCUGCUGUGCAGCACUGCAUUGUCAUGACGUUUCCAAUACUGUGUGAAUUAUCUAAAUGCAUCUACCAUUUUGCACUAGGGAGGAAGGAUAAAUGCUUUUUAUAUUAUUAUUAUUAAUUAUUACAAUGACCACCAUUUUGCAUUUUGAAAUAAAAAACUUUUUAUACCAUA